CCGAAUGUUCGUCGAUCGCGAAUGUGAUUUUGGAGUAUACAAUGACCACAAAAAGAGAAUGCGAGUUUUCCGUUACAAUAUGCAGAGUUCGCACCGACAAUUCCUGGCAUCCAAUAGUUAUGCCCGACUGUACCAUCGAGAAAAACCGAAACAUGAAUUUCCAGCAUCCCUUUGACUGCUCGAAAUUCUAUAAAUGUGAUCAAUCGAGGCUGAUCGAAAAACAAUGUCAAACCGGCUAUUAUUGGAAUCAGCAAAGUACAGCUUGCGAGCGCGAAUCUCGAGGCGAAUCUACGUGCGAAGCUGCUGAACCCUUUCGAUAUGGCGAAAAUAGAAGGAACAAUGCACCAGUUACUAGAAGACACGGACGUGGUUGUGAUAAAGAACACGAAGAUGAUACCAGCGCUGAAAAACCAUUGCUCCGAAAACGCGUAAGUUAUUUGGAUGAUAGUAACAGUAGCGAGAUGGCUGAUAGUUACGGGGCUUAGAUUGAUUGUGGACAUUGCUACGAAAUAUAAUAACUCAUGCAAUUGGGUUGUUUAAUAAAGAUAUCCUAAU